AUGGAUUUUGUUCCUCCAGCCAAGCAGAGAGAGCUGAGGUCUGCACUCGAGAAGAUAGAGUCCGGCAUAGUGGUGGUCCACGGGCCUCCGGGGUCUUCGAAGACUUACAGCAUAGAGAGGACGGCUCAGGGCUUGGGCUUGUCCAUAGAAUAUAUCGAAGAUGUCGGGAUGUACAAAAGUAUGCUUCCCAUCCGGAAUGCCAUAUGUCUUACAGACAUGGAUGACUAUGAAUACUUGUCCAGGCAUAGAAAAAGACUGGAGAAAAUGAAGAACUUGGUGAUUGAGACUAGAACAUUGUUCUCCAUUGGGAAAAUACUUCCAAAUGCCACCAUUGUGAAUUUCGGAAAGAUCUCAAGUAGGAAGAUCCAGAAGUUUUACAAUCUAAAUGAAAAGGAGGCUUUGAAGGUGGGAGAAAACCUCCAUGCUGUUGGGUUCUGUAAGUAUGGUAUAAGAAGCGAGACUGUUUCAAUAUUCCAUCUACUUGGAAAGCUGUUCCACUCGAAAGAAACAGAUGUCCCAAAGGCUGCCGAAAUGAUCAAUGUGUAUGGGCGAGACCGAUUUAUUGGGUAUUUGAUCGAGAACUGCACAUCUUUCAUGUCUAUUAAAGACAUUCACAAGCUUAUCGAUGGAAUUAGCCUUGAGGACAUAGGAGAAAUGCAUCUGGAGCAUUUGAUUUGGGUGGUUUUGAGCUCGGUGAAGGUAGGCCCAAGGAGGUUUUUCAGCUUCCGGUCGUGGAAGGGGGCCGUCUUAAGUGAGCACACAUGUAGCAACCUUUGCAUGAACAGAUAG